UGUGGUUUUUCUUUUCCUUUAAAAAAAAACUAGGAAGCCGAAGGUGUUGUGAUUUCCAUACCAAUGCCUGGGCAUCCUGUUUCAGACAAUGAAGCAGCCAGCAUGCUUGAUGAUUGUAGACGACUCGAUGAUUUAAUUAAUUCUCAUGAUGCAGUUUUCUUGUUGACUGAUACUAGGGAAAGUCGGUGGCUUCCUACACUUCUAUGUGCCAAUACAAACAAGGUUACAAUCACCGCAGCUUUGGGGUUUGAUAGUUUCUUAGUUAUGCGCCAUGGAGCUGGUCCUUCUGGUUCCUGCCAUGAUUCCACAUCUCAAACCAAUAUGGCCAAUCUUUCUUUAAAUGCUACAAACACAAAGCAGAGAUUGGGCUGUUACUUCUGUAAUGAUGUUGUUGCGCCCAUUGAUGUAAUUUUCUCAAGCUCAUGGGCUGCA